CUGUGGGCAUCACGAAUAUUGCUGCAAUCUAGGUUGCUGUGUCUCCACAGCCUUCUCCUUUUACCAGCUGUGGUACUUCUGGCUCCUCAUCCUCCUGAUCAUCCUCCUGUGUUCCGGAGGAGGAUGGUGGUUCCGCUGGCGCCACGGACACUUCGGAACCCGAUCCGCGACGCCUACCCAAGGGCGCAGGAGGCACGGCGGCCGGGGGCACGGCAGCCGGGCUUCCAGAGUCUACCCGAACAAUUACUACCACGGAGGCGGGAACCCCUGCAAUCUCCCGCCGGGAUAUGAUAAAGAUCCGCCAUCUUACAACGAGGUCAUCGCUCACCUGAGCCAGUUUCCUAGAGCAGAUGAACGCUACCCCGCAGGGAAUACCAGCGUCGUGCCAACAGCCCCUGACCUCAGCCAGCUGUUGGCAGUGCCCCCUCCCAGCUACCAGAUGGUCCUGGACCAGAAGAUACGGGAGUCGCAAGUCGGCACCGAGCCUGACGAAGUCGAUGAAGGGGAAGACGGAGGAGGACCCUUCAGCAAAAUACAGAGCCUCCUGGGGCGGUCGCGGGUCAGGAGGGACUCCUCGCAGUCCUUAUCCCCGCCCAUGCGGCCUCCCCCGGUAGCUUCCUUCCCUUCGGCGCCGCCCGCCUCUUCGUCGCCGCCGUCGGCGGCGUCCUCCGGCCUCUUCACCAUCAGCAGCGAGAGCCUGCCGCCCAUCGACCCCUACCCCCGCACCACCAAUUCGGAGAACGUCCGCUACCUCCACCCGUCCCCGCUCCGCGACGAGCCCUACAGCACCCGGGGCGCCAUACCCUCCCCGACGGGCAGCGGCUCUCACUCCGACUACUCCUCGUCCUUCUUCUCGAGUCCCUCGACGGCGAGUACCUCCUCCUCCUCAGAGUGUCCCUCUACCCCCCAUUCGCCCCCGAGGUACACGGUGCUGCCCCCGACGCUCACGCAGACGCCUCCGGAGGUGGAGUUGAGGAACGACGACCUGCUCGAGAUCGGCGUCGGGGAGGUGACGCGGCCCUGCACGGGCCGCUCGACCCUCUCGCGUCCCACGACCUCCAUCAGCACUCGCUCUCUGCCCCUGCCCGACGAAGUGCCCAGGAAGCCCAGCAUCCCAGGGGCUCUGGAGGAGUGGGAAGGCGAGGACGAGGAAGAGGACGUCACGCCCGCCAACAGUAGUAACAAUAACUACAAUAACAAUUACAAUAAUAACAAUAACAACAACGAUAACAGCAGCAAUAACAAUGAAAACAAUAACACUUAACUAGUUCGUUCGCACGUUUGUUUGGAUUCUUAACAAUGUCUAAUGCUAAGGGAUAUAUAAAAAAAAAUAAUAAGUCAGACGGUAGAGUUUACAACCAGUGCACAAGUCAAAAAACCCAUCAAUCAAUGUCAGGAACGUAGCCACUUUUGUAAUAAUAUCUUCAAUUAUGUAUCACGAUAAAAACCGGGAUCCGCUCUUAGCGGGUCCUGGAUGGAAACAAACCUAUACCCUAGGCCUAUAGGACUUGUCAAGCAUUGGUAACACUGCAUUUCGAGUCUCGAUGAAGUUCUGCUGGAUGUCUCUGCCUUGGGGGAUAAGUUUUUGCAGUUUUGUGAUAAUGGCGUAGUACCCCAUUUUUUAAUUGACUGCCUGGUACAUUACUGCCAAAAUGUAGAGUAAUAACUUGAAAACACCACUGAGAAGUUGGUAGAAAGACGUUAAGAAAAUGACCUUAAACUCCGUUCCUUUUGAAGGUACAAAAAGUAUGUAGGUAGAUUUUACCAUGAUUUUGAUCUCGACUUCACAACACUCACUUAAGACUGACCGGAAAUUGCAUGCACUAACUCCUAAUACUUCGUGACUGCCUCACAGGCAAAACAAGAAAAACGUAUAUAGCAGAAAUCAUGGCUACAUGAGUUAAAUACUAUAUUACGACAGAGCGUUCUGGGUCAUGAUACUAUCACAAGUAUCAGAGCAUAGCAUGGGGGCCAUAGCAUAACAGUAGGAAAAUCAGAAGACAACACUAAAUAGUGCCUUAAUUAAAAUCGUCCAUUUAUACCCGACACGUAGAAGCAGCAAACAUUGCAGCCGUUCCCCACCUUAAGUAAAAAGCCAGUAACGCCCAGUAUUAGUCUAUCCCAUACUUCGACAAAGCUCCUUGCGUCUAGAGAUGAGAAAACACAACCGUGAGAAUCAUUUCGUCCUGUGUAUCCAUCAUGCAUCUUAUUUGCUUUAAUUUAUCAAAAUUUUUAACACCUACGUCUCAUCCAAGUGUGCUAUAGGCAGGUCCACUUUCUCUGGACAUGAGCAAAACGCUGAAACAUACUUCUCAAGAUGAACCAAGAUACACACUACAAUAAUUUUGUUUUCUCAAAUAUGAGCGAGACUGAAUUGACACAUAAAUCCAGUUGCCAUCCAUAAACUGAAUCUUGAAUGACUCCUUAUGUGCAUUUGCCACAGCAGUUUAAGGAACUUGAAAUGAUUUUUAACUAAUUUUAUUAUUGCACAUUUCAGUACACACUUCCUUGUUCUAUUCCAAGGAUUUUAUGUAUAUC